CGUGAAUCGGUUCUUUUUGGAAUACGGAGCGAGCACCGCGUGGUGUUUUUGCUGUCGAUUCCCUUUUUAUUUUCCUUUUGUCGCGUGGAAAAUAAACAAAUCCUGCCAAGAUGAGUCUGUACAACUUCAAAAAGAUCAUGGUGGUUCCGCCAGCAAAGGACUUUAUCGAUAUUAUGCUGUCGAAGACACAGCGGAAGACCCCAACGGUUGUCCACAAGGGGUACAAGAUUUCCCGCAUUCGUGCCUUUUACACGAGAAAAGUGAAGUACACGCAGCAGAACUUCCACGAUCGUUUGUCUCAGAUUAUCCAGGAUUUCCCCAAGCUGGACGACGUGCAUCCUUUCUAUGCGGAUUUGAUGAAUGUCUUGUACGACAAGGAUCAUUACAAACUGGCCCUGGGUCAGUUGAACACAGCCAGACAUUUGGUGGACAAUGUGGCCAAGGAUUAUGUUCGUCUGCUGAAAUAUGGUGACUCGCUGUACCGCUGCAAACAAUUGAAGAAGGCCGCCCUGGGUCGUAUGGCCACUAUUAUGAAGCGACAGGCCUCCAACCUCACCUACCUGGAGCAAGUGCGUCAGCAUCUUUCGCGUCUGCCCACAAUCGAUCCCUACUCGCGUACCAUCAUCAUUUGCGGCUUCCCCAACGUGGGCAAGUCCUCGUUCAUCAACAAGAUCACCCGUGCCGAUGUGGAGGUUCAGCCCUAUGCCUUCACCACCAAGUCCCUGUAUGUGGGCCACACAGACUACAAAUAUCUGCGCUGGCAGGUGAUCGACACACCCGGAAUUCUGGAUCAUCCACUCGAGGAGCGCAACGUUAUCGAAAUGCAGGCCAUCACAGCGCUGGCUCAUCUGCGCGCCUGUGUACUGUACUUCAUGGACAUAUCCGAGCAGUGCGGCCAUUCGCUGGAGGAACAGGUCAAGCUCUUCGAGAGCAUCAAGCCUCUGUUCACCAACAAGCCUUUGAUCUUGGCCAUCAACAAGAUUGACAUUCUGACGCCGGAGGAUUUGCCGGAGGAGAGGAGACAAAUCAUCACCAAACUGCAGGAGGAUAAGAGCGUGCCCGUCAUGUUGAUGUCCACGGUCCAGGAAACAGGCGUUAUGGAAGUGAAAACAGAGGCUUGCGAGCGCCUGCUGUCAUACCGCGUGGACCAAAAGAUGCGCACAAAGAAGGUGGAUAACAUCCUCAACCGCCUGCACGUAGCAAUGCCGGCGCCGCGCGAUGAAAAGGUUCGUGCUCCAUGCAUCCCAGAACAGGCUCUGACCCGCCUCCAACAAAACGCUGCCAAGGCGGAGCGCAAGAAGAAAUUGGAGAAGGAGAUCGAGGAGGAGAUGGGCGACGACUACACGCUGGACCUCAAGAAGAACUACAGCGAGAUUCCCGAGGAGGAGCGCUACGACGUUAUCCCAGAGUUCUGGGAGGGUCGCAACAUUGCCGACUACAUCGAUCCCGAUAUCUUCGAGAAGCUGGAGGAACUGGAACGCGAAGAGGGACUGCGGGAGUCCAGCGGCGUGUAUACAUUGCCCGAUAUGUCCAUGGACGAAACGCUCAAGGAGAUCCGCGAGAUGGCCAAGCAGAUCCGAGGCAAGCGCUUCGAGCUGCGCGACGAGAAGCGUCUGUCCUCCAGGAAGAACAAGCCGGUUAUUCCGCGUCACAAGCAGCCCAAGGUCCGCGACCGUUCCGUCAACAAACUGGUGGAGACGAUGGAGGGUCUUGGCGUGGACAUGUCUGGCAGCGAGACCGCCAACUUCACCAAGUCUGUGGUGGAUCUGCGUCGUGGCCAGGUGGCCGUCGGCUCAAAGAAACUGCCCAAGCAGAUACUGCUCGACAAGGAGUCCUCCGCGGUUGUCAAGAAGACUGGCCAGCCACUGAAGCGUGCGCCUGCCCGCGACACCCUGGGCAUCAAGAAUGUGGCCAUCCGCAAGAAGGCGCAACAAAUGGCCAAGCGCGACAUUGCCAAGAAGGUGACAAAGAUGGGUCUCAAGGGCGAGGCGGAUCGUUUCAUCGGCACCAAGAUGCCCAAGCAUUUGUAUUCCGGCAAGCGCGGUACGGGCAAGACGGAUCGUCGUUAAUCUGUA